AUGGAGGGUUGUCGCCACCUCACAAGCCAUAAAAAACACAAAGAAAAAUACUCAAAAAUUGUUGGCUGCAAGAAACGGCUUGCAUGCACUGUUUGUGGAUCAAAUUUUAAUGUGCAUACGUGCCUGACGUGUGAACGAAUGUUUUGUUUUUCGGGUCACUUGACGCAUGGGCAUGUGCGGGGAGAGCAGACGGUUAAUGUGGAUGGAUGCGGGCAGGGAGAGCAGACGGUUAAUGUGGAUGGAUGCGUGUGGGGAGAGCAGACGGUUAAUGUGGAUGGAUGCGGGCAGGGAGAGCAGACGGUUAAUGUGGAUGGAUGCGUGUGGGGAGAGCAGACGGUUAAUGUGGAUGGAUGCGGGCAGGGAGAGCAGACGGUUGGUGCGGAUGGAUGCGUGUGGGGAGAGCAGACGGUUAAUGUGGAUGCGGAGCAGAGGAGAACGAGCAGCACAGAUGUAGAAAACGGCGCAGAACGUGACAGAAAGGACGAAAGUACGCGGUUAUCAGCUAUAGACGAUGUAAAAAUGGGUGAGGAUGAGCGUGAACGGGCGAUAAGUGACGGAGAAAACAUGGAAAUGGAGGGCCUGGGAGAAAAAGAUGCAGCAGAAGCUGUGGAUACCGGCAAUAACACGGGUGAACAUGCUAAGACAGUGGGAAAAAGAGGAUCGAGCGGGCCGGACAGCAGCAAAAGGACACGUAUGACCAGCACAUGCACGCUGUUCGUUAACAAACGGUACGGCUGCGUGUACUGCCUGGAGUGCCGGAGAUACCUUUUUUUCACGAAGCUGCUCGAGAUAUUUACCAACAUCAGGUACCGAAUAAAAAAUCAAAAAAACUACUCGCGAAUGCACUGCUCGUAUUCGAAAGGGAUCAUAAACCUGGGCAACACAUGCUACAUCAGUUCGGUACUGCAGGUGUUCUUCAAUACCGGUGCCAUAAAAAAGUGCUUCUUCGACACUGCACACGAGAAGGUGUUGUGCAGGGGCGAAAGGUGCAUCGUGUGCGCACUCAAAAACAUGUACAUGGAGUGCUACAGCCACCACGGUUUGAUUGUGCCGAAUGAGUUUCUUCACAUCCUGUGGUCGAUAUCGUCGAUGAACUACAGCUCACGCCAGUUCGAUGCGCACGAAUUCUUUUUGGAUCUGUGCGAACUGCUGCACAAACACUUUUUUGUGAGCUCGGGCACUGGGCGAACGCGCGUGGACGAGAACACGCCGUCCGAGUGCACGUGUAUCACUCACAGGGCCUUCUGCGGAGUGCUCAAUUCUACGCUGACGUGCACAAGGUGCAGCUGCAAAUCGGUCAAGGAGGAGAAGUUCUACAGCGUAUCGAUCGGCAUACACAACCAGAAAUCGGUGAAUGAUGCGCUGGUGCACUUCUUCACCGAGGAGAGCCUGGCCGAAACCAUCCUAUGCCAGCGCUGUGAGCAAAAGGAGCCUUUUCUGAAGGAAAUGAGCGUUGUUCGUCAGCCGCCAAUCCUCGUGUUGCACCUGAAACGAUUCCAAAUGAACAAAAACGAUCCGGUCAAGGACAACUCGGUGCUCGAAUUCACUCAUCUUGUGGAGUGCCGCACGCUGAAGAACGACGCAUCCCGUGCCUAUAGACUGUUUGGGAUGGUUUGCCAUGUGGGCACCUUGGAGUACGGCCAUUAUUUUACCUUCCUGCGCAUCGAAAACAGGUGGAAGCGGUUCGAUGAUGAGCGGAUCACCGAUGUGGAUGAGAAUGAGAUGUGCGAUUGCUCGCCCUACAUCUUAUUCUACGAGUUGGAGUAGCAAAAAUAAAUGUGCAUACGAUACAG